CUAAUUCUGGUUACAGAUUGUAACUAGAUCAAUACUGUUGAUAAUCUCUGUUUAAAAUUGUGUUUUAGGGUUUGUUUUGUAGAUUUUUCAAAUGCUGCUGUCCAUCAUGUUGGAGUGACUGAAGCCUAAGUCUCAAUGAGUUAUUGUGUGAAAAUAUUGAUUACCAAUAAGCGUGCAUGUGUGCACAUAGCAGGGAUACUGAUUUAUGCUGUGACUGCAUUGUUGUCAGUUGAAAUUAAGUGUUGUAGGUAUUGGAUUUCUUUCUUUUCCACUUAUUGGUGGUUGAUAAACUUAUAAGAUGGCUGCUUCUGGAAAAGAUCUUAAAGGUUUUGGCUCUUUGGACAAGGCAGCCAUGAUGUCACAGCUCCAUUCAGGAGAUGCAGCAAGCAUGUCAGUGCGUGACGUCAAGGAUUUGCUUCGCACUGACUUAGAAUAUGGUCUCCAGAGUGAAGAAGCUCGCCGGCGCUUACAUGUUCAUGGCCCAAACAAUUUUGAUAUUGCUGUUGAAGAACCCCUAUGGAAAAAAUAUCUGGAUCAGUUUAAUAAUCCUCUUAUCUUGUUGUUGUUGGCAUCAGCUGGAAUCAGUUUAUUUAUGAGGCAGUUUGAUGAUGCUAUCAGCAUCACUGUAGCUAUCAUCAUUGUGGUUACAGUAGCUUUUGUCCAGGAGUACAGAUCAGAAAAAUCUUUAGAAGCUCUGACUAAACUAGUUCCACCCAAAUGUCACUGUUUACGAGAUGGUCACAUGAUGACCUUUUUGGCCCAGGACCUUGUACCUGGUGAUAUCAUUCACAUUAGUAUAGGAGACAGAGUACCAGCUGAUAUACGCCUUUUUGAAGCUUCAGGGCUUUGUAUUGAUGAAUCCAGCUUCACUGGAGAAAUCGAACCUGUGAAUAAACUUACAGAGGCUCAGCCUCUGGCACAGGUCUCCAGUCUGAGUGGACAAACUAAUAUGGCCUUCAUGGGGACUUUAGUCAGAUGUGGGCAAGGGAAGGGAAUUGUUAUUGGCACUGGACAAGAAUCAGAGUUUGGUGAAAUCUUUAAAAUGAUGCAAGCUGAGGAGGCUCCCAAAACACCUUUACAAAAAAGUAUGGACACACUGGGCAAGCAGUUGUCAUUCUACUCCUUUGUAGUCAUUGGCAUCAUUGUUAUCAUUGGCUGGAUACAGGGCAGGAAAAUUUUAGACAUGUUCACUAUUGGUGUCAGCCUUGCAGUAGCUGCUAUUCCAGAAGGUCUCCCUAUAGUUGUGACUGUCACCUUAGCUAUUGGAGUUAUGCGCAUGGCAAAAAGGAAGGCCAUCAUAAAAAAACUUCCUGUGGUAGAAACUCUUGGCUGUGUUGAUGUUAUCUGUUGUGACAAGACAGGGACAUUGACCAAGAAUGAGAUGACUGUCACUCAUAUCAUAACAUCAGAUGAGCAUCAUGCUGAGUUGUCAGGGGUAGGCUACAAUUCCCCAGGUGACAUUCGGGUUGUUCAUCUUUCCUCUGACUCUGAACACGAUGAUGUUGAUCGAUACAUGAGCUCAUUCAGGAAGGUCAUUGAGAUUGGCUGCAUAUGCAGCAAUGCAGAAAUCACCCAAGAUGGAUUAUUAGGCUCACCCACGGAGGGUGCACUGUUAGGGGCAGCUGGAAAAUUAAAACUGAUGGAUCCCAAGCAUGACUACAUAAGGCAAGAGGAGUGGCCUUUUAGCAGUGAUACAAAGAUAAUGAUGGUCAAAUGUUAUCAUUUUUUGAACAAAAAUGACACAAUGUACUUUGUGAAAGGUGCCAUUGAGCGUGUACUGGAUAGGUGUUCCAAAUACAAAGUUAAUGGAUCUACUGAAACCAUGACAGACAAACAGAAGGAUGUGUAUAGAAUUCAUGCCCACAGCCUAGGACAGACUGGUCUACGAGUGCUAGCCAUGGCCUAUGGUGUAGAGAAGACGUCAAUGACAUUUGCAGGCAUGGUGGGUAUCAUGGAUCCACCGAGAGAAGGGGCUAGACAAGCUGUCCAGAUGUUGCUGGGCAUGGGAGUCAAGGUGAAAAUGUUGACUGGUGAUAGUGAAGACACGGCUAAGGCUGUAGCCUCUAGAUUAGGUUUGUUUGCUGAAGGUGGUAUAUCAUUAUCUGGUGAGUACCUUGAGGAGAUUGACAUUGCAGAAUUGGCCAAAAUUAUUGACAACAUCAGCAUCUUUUACCGAGUCACACCUAGACAUAAGUUGAAAAUUGUCAAGGCACUUCAGGCCAACCAUCAUGUUGUUGGGAUGACAGGCGAUGGAGUUAAUGAUGCUGUGGCCUUGAAAACAGCAGACAUUGGUAUUUCCAUGGGCAAAACUGGUACUGACGUUUCCAAAGAGGCUGCCGAUAUGAUUUUAGUGGACGAUGACCUCAGUACUGUCUUGGCAGCCAUUGAAGAAGGAAAAGGAAUUUUUUAUAACAUAAAAAAUUUUGUGAGGUUCCAGCUUAGCACGAGUAUAGCGGCUCUAUCACUUGUUGCAAUAGCUAUGGUCAUGCACCUCCCUAACCCACUGAAUGCUAUGCAGAUUCUUUGGAUCAACAUCAUCAUGGAUGGUCCACCUGCUCAAAGCCUUGGUGUUGAGCCAGUGGAUCAUGAUGUCUUGCGUCAGCCACCUCGUAAAGUAACUGACAACAUCAUUACACGUAACUUAAUGAUCAACACUCUUUCUUCUUCCCUUAUCAUCAUUAUUGGCACUCUCUGGGUCUUCCAUAUGGAGAUGGAAGAUGGUAAAAUCACACCCAGGGACACAACCAUGACAUUCACUUGUUUUGUUUUGUUUGAUAUGUUCAAUGCUCUCAGCUGUAGGAGUUACAGCAAAUCAAUCUUCCAAAUAGGCCUUAGCUCCAACAUGAUGUUCAUCUAUGCUGUUGUUGGCUCUAUAGUUGGGCAGCUUUUAGUUAUUUAUCUCCCUCCUUUACAGAAAGUCUUUCAGACUGAAGCCCUUCAUCUUGCAGAUUUUGCUUUGCUGCUGUCCCUAACAUCAACUGUCUUUGUCUUGUCAGAAAUAAGAAAGUAUUUUAUCCGUCGUAGUGAAAACCGGAUGCUCCACUUACAAGAGAGUAUAUUUUAUCCAGAGAAUAUGGUAUAGCAUUGGCCAGGUUUUUGCUCACUCUCUGUUGUUGGUUUUUAAUUUAUUGUGACAUUUUACAAAUCUGUGCUAAUUUAUAUUUAUAUGAAUCAUCAGUCAGCACUACACUGAGAAAGUUUUCAACAUUCUGAACAGUGUCAAUAUUUAUAAACAGUUAUAUAUAUAGUAUAAUUAGAUAUAUAACUAUAUAUAAACUAUAUAUACAAGAAAAAAAAUCACUAAUUAUGUUAAUAUUUCAAUAUUGCAAUUUUAUACUGUUAAACUCUUUCUCUCCAUAAUUAUUUUCCAUGCUCCGACUGAAUUAUUCAUUUUUAACCAUAUGUAUUUCACUACCCUGUUAUGUUUAAACUUUGUUUGCUAUCAGAAAAUGUUACAGUUGGUCCCGAAUUAAAGGGGAAUAAUAAAGAAAGCCAUUUUAGAUAAAAUAAGAUGGUUUUAAUAAAACCAAAAUAAAAUUGUAUUUUUGAUAAUGUAAUUUAAAAAUAAAAACUUACCAACUGUGAACAAGGCUCAUUAGAAGUAGACUAGAUCUAGGUAAUAUUUUAUGAAUCAAAUUGAACUAAACAUUUUUUUUUUUAUGAUAGUUAUUCAUAUUUUCACAAAACUAAAUAAGUCAUUUCCGUCUAACGAACACGUUAAGCCCUGCUGCUGUAAUUUUUACGUUUGAGUUUUUAUAACUCCGUAAUGGUUAGUCCUAGGAAAAAACUGCAAAUAUCUAUAAACUCGUUAUCCAUUUGUCAAUAAAAAUAGAUAUGUUCAGUGAUGGGAAUUUUCAGAAAAUUUUUGGAAUUCUGAAAAUUUCGUCUGAUCUGAUUUUCUAGCAAAAAAUCUGAAAUUUUCCCCAACAUUAAAAAAAAAAAAAAAUCCAAAUUUUCCCAACAUUUAAAAAAAAAAAAAAAAUCAGAAUUAAAAAAAAAAUUUUUUGUUUUAUGAAAAAAAAAUCCGAUUUUACUAUUUUUCCAUUUUCUGAAGAAUGCGAAAAAAGAUUUUGUAUUUGUUUUGAACAUGUGCACAUCCGGCCCUUUGACACAGUUAAAGUUCUAUUUUUAAAAAAAUCUCGUCUUACCGUAUUGUCUUUUAAGUUAAAAUCUCUGUCUUGACUAGAGUGGUUUGAAUCAGUCUAGAUAGAUAUAUUCUAGAUUAGGUAUCUAGUUUCUUUAAUUUGAAUACUUUUGAUCUAGAUUAUCUAGAGCGUCUAGACUUCAAUGACUGCUUGCCAGCUUUUGAAAAGUUCAGAAAAGUAUCAGAGUAUCAUGAUGCACGGCCGCUAUCACGCUAUUAAUAUUUGCUCUGACGAUGGCCCCUAGAUUUUACUAAUUUGAACCCUGCCUGCUGACUUCCAUGAGUUCAAAUGGGAUUAGAUUUAGACAUCUUAAUCUAUUAUAAGAAUUAUACGAUUUAGAUCUAGUAUUCCAGUAGACCUACCUACUGGCCAUCUAGAUCUAUAUAUAUUGAUUAUAUAGAUGUAAGCCUACUUUACAUGACUAUAGUGAGUUACUGAGUACAAAUCUGAUAGAAUAUAGAUUAAUAAUAAUAUAUUGGAUCUAGAGUCACUAGAGAUGUAGAUCCAAGUUAUUAGAUUUAAGUAGAUCUAUAGAUAGAUCUAGAUCUAUAGUGAGAAAUAUAUAUGUUUUUUCUAUAUCUAACUAAUACUUUAAAAGCCCAGUGUGGUAAUGAUCCACUUGUAAACAGCUUGUAUCAGCAUGAAAAAGAGUCACUUAAGGAAGCCUCAAUAUGCAGUUUUAUUGCUAAACAUUCUCUUCCUCCAAGCAUUGCUCCUCAUCUGGUUGUUCUUCCUUGUCUUGCUUAAGAACUCAGCAGCUUUCUCUCCAUUGCUUUUCAAAGCAUUUUUGGUGGACUUCAUGUGCAUAGUUUAAUAAACAGUUUCUCCUGUACAAAAUUUAGUAAUCAGUGAAACAAACAGAAGUGUAGCUCAUACUUUUGAAGUAUUUCCAAAACUCAAGCAUGUUUUGAUUUUCAAACGCAUUAACUCUUUAUAGUUGUUUGAGAGAGAAGUUGUUACAAUGCCAGUAAAGCAAUUAUCUAUUAUAGAAUGCUCAGGCUGCCUGCACCUAGAUAUUGUUAAGACGUGGGAUUGAACUAAAGAAAAUAAUUCACCGAUUCUCAGAUCGCUGGUAUCUCUCUGAUUGCAGAAGCACAAUCCAACUAUGAUCAAUCAAUAUCCCCGGUAAAAAGAAAUAAUGUCACAAUCUCCAAAUCAAAUUGACAUAUCCCAACUCACUAACACAAAAGAAAACAAUGCUCAGUCAAGAAAUCCAAAAUCAUAACUCAAGUUUCUUAACACAUUUACACACUAGUAAAGGUCAUUUACGCCCAACAGCAUAAACAAAAAAUCACCCUUCUUCGCAUGUGGAAAAAAAGAUUAGUCAGAGAGGAACAGGGUUACAACAAUAUAAAGCAUUUGCAAAAAGCUUUCUCCUCUCAUCUAUAUGUACAACAAUAGUGCCUUACAUUUUGUGUGCAUGUGUGCAUUAAAGCUUAUGCAGUGUUAUUAUUAUGUAAUACAAAAUUAAUUAAAGAAAAUCUUAAAUAAAAUGAUUCUACAUAAUUAAAAAAAAUUCAGCUAAAUCUUUUUUUAAGUCGUCAGGUCAGUUAAAAAACGGGGUGGAGGAGGGGUUUACAAAAUAUCUAAAAAAAUGUUUAAAGUUUGUUCCCAUCACUGUAUGUUGUUUUGUUAUGCUACGCAUAAUCACUAUAAAAUUUGAUGCCAAAGAGGGUCAGGUCAAUGAGGUUCAGCGCUGACAUUAAUGAACACCUUCCCCCAUUUUGUAACUAAGCCGAACACUGUCAGUGCGCUAACGAACACUUCAUAGUUAUUAUAUUAAAAAAAUGUUAUUAUCCUUAAUUUCCUUUUUUUUAUAUCAAUUUCUUUUUACGCCAACUAAAAACAGACGGGUCAAUGCUACUUUUCCCAAGUUCUAAAGCUCCUUUCUCUUCUUUUAAUUGACACCACAACCAGGCCAUUGGACAAAACAGUUUUUUACCUAUGUGGCUUACAUGGUGGACAAAAUAAAAAUUCUGCGAUUCUGCAUGUCUAGCCCGCUUACUCUGCUCAGUGUAGUGAUUAUAUUCUCUCCUUGAUCAUGGUUGGUACCUGGUCGAUCAAUAAUUGAUUCUUCCUCCUUUGCCCCCAUGCACUGAUAUGCCUACAAUCAUUUUUUUUUGUGUGGGUUGUGUGGUAAGUCAUACAUUUGUUGUUAGUACUACUUUGUAGGUUAUAACAAAUGUGUAGAAAGUGUUUGGGGGGGGGGGGGGAGAAUGAGAGAGGCAAUGUGUGAAUCAUCGUAUUUGUUUAUUAAUUUUAUUUUAGGGCAUUUUUUACUUAGUGACCAAUAAUUGUUUGUUGAUAACUAUUAGCAACCAUGUUGUUUGAUGUUGUUUUAAAAACGAAAUGGUGUUAUAUAACAAACAAACUAUGUUUUUUUAGAAAGAUGUGUACAUGUUUAUAUACAGCAAAUAUUUACAUUUUAAGUGACAUUAUAGCAGAUAAUAAGAUACUGUACACAAAAGAUGAUAUACACAUUUAAACACAGCAUACAUUUACGUUUGAUUCAACAAAAGAUGUGAACAAAUUAAUCUUAGAACAUUUUUAUAUAUUAAUACAUUAUAUUCAUUUAGGAUGGAUACUAAGAAGCACAUAUAAGGAGCCUCAAAGUUCAAUGCAUUACGAAUGCAACACCAACUGCACACAAAUCUUAAAAUCUCUUAGCUGUUUUUCUGUCAUAUGUUUUGCUGUUUGUGUGCAGACAGAGUGCCACCAAGAGUCACAUGUCACAGAGAACCUAAAGAUUCCCUAGUUCUUUAGUGCUACAGCCCAGACAGUUUUCGUUAAUGAAUAUGUCUAGAGGGUCCAUAUCAUCGUCUCCCUUGGCUAACGCCUUCUCAAUUCUUUUCUACUUUAGUGGUGUCAGUGUCAUUUACUUGCGUUUGACCUGUUUCAGUUUUGCAUCAAGCACCAUUAUUUUUUCCCCAUUGCUCUUCUUUUUUUUUUUCUCUUUUUCACCUGUUUUUUUUUUUU